AUGUCGGAAGAUUCAGAUUUUGAUGAGGAAGCCCAUGCAAAAUUACUAGACACUAUCAACAGCUUGGGCAGUAGUACUAAAAAACGACCAUUGACUAGAAAGUGUCAGAAAAAGGUUCGAGUUAAAGAACUAGUUGAUCUUAUACGAUCAACGAGAAAUGUUGACGAUGCAAAGAAGAAACUGGUAAAGAAGAAGAAGCAAGGGAGGACAGCGGGAAAAGACGAACCGAGAACUUUGCAAGCUCCAUCUCAUAGAUUGAUUCGGGAGAGGAUUGAAAGUUCCAUUGCAUAUAGUGAUAUCCGGAAAGACUUGGAGGAAUGGGCUCCAAUUGUCAAAAAGAAUAGACUUGCUGAACAAUUAGUAUUCCCACUCAUUAAAGACCCACCAAUCCAGCGAACAGCGUCGGAUUUGGUGCUGUUUUUCAAGCCAAGGACACCGCUGGAAAUAGAAUUGGCUAAGCUACUGAAAACAUCAAACAACAAUCUUCGUGAUGGCGAGGAAUAUACGGAAGCUGAGUUAGAAUUAAUAAGGGCAAUGAGUUUGAAAGAGGCAAAAGCAAAAUGGGCUCAACUGAAGAAGAUGCGAGCUUUAGUUGGUUAUCGAGAAGCGAAACUGAAACGACAGGCUAAAAUAAAAAGCAAAUCAUAUCAUCGACAUAUGAAACGCCAAAAGAGAAAACAGUUAAUCAAGGAAUUUGAAGAAAUGAUGAUGAAGAAUCCAGAAGCUGCCAAAGAGAAACUGGAAGAAAUCGAUCGCCAACGCAUCCUGGAACGAGCGACCUUAAAGCAUCGCAACGGUGGCAAAGGUGUCCAACAGUUGUCAAGGUAUGCGAGUAAAAAUAAGGAUUUCAAAAAAAUAUACGAAGAGCAAAUAAGAUUGGGAAGAGAACUGGCCGAAAAGCAUGGUCGUGAGAAGGGUUCGGAUUCUGAUUCUGAAUCAGAAAGUACAGAUGCAGUAAAACUGACCAGUACCAAAAUGCUUGAGAGAGCGGCUGAACUGUUAGAGAAGGAAGAACGGGAAAAAUUUACCAAGCCAGAGCUGAAGACAAAACUUUACGAAAUGAGAGAACGGGAACGGGAAACUCUCAAAAGUAGCGCAUUGCGGGCCACGGGUGCAGAGUUCAUAUCUCACCGUAGGCAUGAGUUGGAUAACGAUGCAGCCAAUGAGUCGAGGGUUUGUAUUGAAAAGGCUGUGGAAAUAGAGUGGGGUCCGAAAGAAACGAUGAGCAGUGAAGAGCAGUCGGAAAGAGCACAACAUCAACAUGAUAUCUCAGAAAACUCUGGACAGGACUGUGCUGAAAAGAGAGCUGAUGAACAACCCAAGAAAGACCUCAAAAUUUCGAAAAAGAAAAAAGUUAAGAAAAUGAAGAAUAAAAAGAAAAGUAUAGAUGUAAGAGACUUGGAUAUUGAUCAGCUGUUCGACAAGGCAGAAAAAGAACUCGCUGAAAAUGCUCUAAAGAAAUGUGAAUUUUUGAAAUUAGAAGACGAAGAAAAUAAGCGUAGUCGGAGUCUCCUACCGUCUGACACCGAACCUGCAGUUUCCUCUCGACAAAAAGGAAAAGAAAUCGCUGCGAAAACAGAAGAAGCAGUUGUAGAUAUUUCUUUGGAUCCAAGGCAUUUUCUGCAGGUCGAAACGAUGGCACUACCACAGAUCUCGGCCGAUUUUGUUGAGACUUUGGAAGAUACUGGUGGGCAAGCAGAGAAUCAGGAAGAAGUCAUAGCCAAAGCAUUCGAAGAUGUCGAUGUUAUUGGUGAUUUCGAAGCUGAAAAGGAAGCUGUGGAAGCGGCAGAAAAUCCAAAAGAUAUCGAUCUAACGCUUCAAGGAUGGGGUUCAUGGACGGGACCAGGAAUAAUCAGUAGGAAAAAGGAUAGAUUUGUAAUCAAAGUACCGAAAAAGAAGAGGAAAGAUGCUGGAAAAACAGGCUUGAUUAUAUCGGAAGCAGUGGAUCAGUCGAUCGAAAAAAUCCAGCUGAAAUCGAUACCAUUCCCAUAUACGACCGUUGAGGAUUAUGAAGCUGUAGUACGGCAGCCGAUAGGAAAGGAAUGGAAUCCACAGCGAAUUCAUAUGAAACUUAUUCAGCCACAUAUUAUAACAAAGGCGGGUAGGAUAAUCAAACCACUGGAUAAGACUGUACUGGAGGAUGAAUCUGACGAAGAAAAAUAAAUAUCUUGUUAUUAUAAGUUAAUUCCUCCAAAUAAAUGCACAAUAUCACUAUUUGUGUUCACAGUUCAUUUUUAAAUC